UGGGGCCUGGGCCUGUUCUAAGCCUCAGGCACCAAGCUGUGGCUGGUAAUGUGGCUGAAAGGCGCAACAACAGGGCAAUACCGAACUUACGUCUUACAGCCUACAGCUCCGAACAAGCUCGCCGCCAUCGUUGACAGAAGCCACUUCCACACCGCUCACGAUAUCCCAGAGCUCUCUACAUUCGACGCCCUACGUUUCCCAUUCGUCUAAACGGCUGUAUUCGUCUUCCCCACCUCCACCAUGCCUGCCACAACGGCGGACACACUUUCGCUCGUCACGCGUACUGUCUCCGUUGCUCCCCUCGUCCUACUCUCUGUUGCAGAUCACUAUGGGAGGUCCGCCAAAGGAACUCGGAAACGUGUAGUCGGUGUGCUUCUAGGCGAAAGCUCCGGUCAGAAUGUCAGAGUGUCGAACAGCUUUGCCGUUCCCUUCGAGGAGGAUGAGAAGGAUCCAUCUGUCUGGUUCUUGGACCACAACUUUGUCGAAUCGAUGCGUGAUAUGUUCAAGAAGAUCAAUGCUCGUGAGAAGCUGAUCGGAUGGUAUCACUCUGGCCCCAAGCUGCGGGCCUCCGACCUCGAGAUCAACGAGCUUUUCAAACGAUACACACCGAAUCCGUUGUUGGUCAUCAUUGACGUGCAACCGAAGGAGGUUGGCGUGCCCACAGAUGCAUACUUUGCUGUGGAUGAAAUCAAAGAUGACGGCACGACAACCUCCCGGACGUUUGUGCACACUCCGUCUAUAAUCGAAGCAGAAGAGGCCGAGGAAAUUGGUGUUGAGCACCUCCUCCGAGACAUCAGGGACGUUGCCGUCGGGACGCUCUCUACACGCAUAACAUCCCAGCUGCAGUCGCUACAGGGCCUUCACCUGCGCCUACGUGAUAUCGGACAGUAUCUGCAAAAGGUUCUUGACCACGAACUUCCGGUCAACCACGCCAUCCUCGGCAAUCUUCAAGACGUCUUUAACCUGCUCCCGAACCUGUCAACACCUUCGACAUCAUCGCGUGCCAAUGGCGCCGAACCGCAAAUCGAGAACAGCGAACUAGCUCGCUCUAUGAGCAUCAAGACCAAUGACCAGCUCAUGGCCAUUUAUUUGAGCAGCUUAAUCCGGGCUAUCACUGCCUUCCACGAUCUGAUCGAGAAUAAGAUUCAAAACCGGCAGCAACAAGAGGAGAGCGAGUCGAAGAAGGAACAAGAGAACGCCACGGGCAAGGAGGACAAAGACGCUGCCGCGAAGAAGACCAACGGAACAGCGAACGGGGAACAAACGGACGAGUCGGAGGCUAAGGAGAAGCAGAAGAAGAAAUAACAUAUGAUGCAUGGCCUUUACGAUCAAUGCAGAUACUGCCAACAUUGAACUCAUUCAAUUACCUAUCCGUAAACCCUUGCCUACAAGUCUACUCCUGAAGAGUACAGAGUAAGGCAUAUGUAGUACUUGAAGAACAUGGUGAAGAAUUAAAUUUAUAUUUCAUCUCGUAGAUGUAUUAAGCCAAACACCCUACCAGCUCCGCCGGCGUGAUCUCCCAUCGCGCGUCAGAAUCGACCCCAAAGACCGCAGGACAUCUCGCGGCCAGUACACAGGCAAGCAGA